AUGUCUUCCAACAACACAUUAAAUCUUAUGAUUUGCAAAGUGUGUCAUCAAGAAGAAAUGGCAACGAAUACCAAAAAAAAGGGUAUACUUGUUUUAGUUGAAAUCUUUUUAAGACGAAAUAUAGCUGUAAAUAGUAGAACCCUCACAUAUUCUGGCCUUGAAGAUUUUGUAAAUGAAAUUAAAAAAAAUUGUAAAGACACUGAUAAAGCCGAUCAUGGACUUGUGCUGAUGUGGCAAAGCUUAGCAGAACAUUUUACUCAACCUAUUGCAGUUUUUGCUUCAAAAGGACCAGUCAAAGGUAUUGAUUUAGCAAAGCUAGUCAUUAAAGCAAUAUUGUUACUUGAGGAUGCUGGUGGUCAAGUUGUUGGGCUUACGUGUGAUGGAGCAAGUACCAAUAGAUUUAUGUGGAAAGAACUAGAGAUAUGUUCAAAAUACAAUUGCAUCAAUAUGAAUCCCGACAAUCAUGUAUGGCCUAAAUGGAAAUCUUGUCGAUUUGUAGAAAAAUUUGAUGAUGAAUUUCCUGCUCUAACUUUUAAAGUUGCAACAAGUAGUAAAUAUCGACAAGAACAUCAAAAUGUUCAACAAACAUUGACUAACAAACCAAUUACACAUACAGCUUCAAAUUUAGCUAAAAAUGUGAAUAAAAUACAUUCAAAAGUAUCAACAAAUAAACCACCUGAAGAAGAUUCAUUAAGACUGAUAACUGAAAAUAAAAAGCUUGUCAAAAAAAUUAAUUCACUUGAAACAUCAGUGAAUACACUUUGCAAACAAUUAAAAAGGCAAGAAAAUAAGAAUUCUAAGCUUAUUGACGAAUUUAAUAUGAUGUGGUUGGAUGACGAGAAUUAUAAAUGUCUUAUUUGUUUAGAAGUAUUCAUAAGGCCAAUAUUGCUGGGUUGCUCACACAUGUUUUGUGAAUUAUGCAUUGAUAAAUGGUUAAUGAUAAAUAAGCGGUGUCCAAUAUGUUAUGAUGCAAUACAAAAUUAUGUAUAUUGUUUAAGUAUGGACAACUUCAUCAAAAAACUUAUGAUAAGGAUGCCAGAUAAAGUCCAAAAGAAGUUUAAGAAAUUAGAAGAAUCCCGAGCUAAGGAUAAACCAAAAAGUGUACAACUUCGUGCUGAGCGUGGCAACUCGAGUUGA